UAACAAAGGCACACAAUCAAAACUGCAUCACAGCCUUCAGAACACAACUCACCAAGCUGCAAAAAGCAGAUUUGGUUUCUUUUGCAGAUGGUCUAUGAGUCUCAUGUGGCAUCAUAUUAAAUUAUAAAGGCAGUCAGUCGCUUGUUCUGAAGCGAUGCUCCGAGCCGAGAGUUGUGAUGUGCUUGGACCAUUCUGUGGGAAAACAGGCUCUAAAGCUAAUACAGCUUCUCUGAAGAGCAGCAGCAAAGGGGCCUGCGAGGGGCUUCAAACACCUUAAGGACUGCAGUCCCCCCUGUGAUGCACUAUGAGGGUGGCCCAGCGACCCCACGAUGGGCUGUGGAGCGUUUUGCCCUAAAGUAUCUGAAUUACAGGAAGAAGGAAUGAAUGCCAUUAACUUGCCUCUCAGUCCAAUUCCAUUCGAACUAGACCCUGAGGACACUAUGCUAGAGGAAAAUGAAGUCCGAACAAUGGUUGAUCCAAAUUCAAGAAAUGACCCAAAACUGCAAGAACUAAUGAAGGUAUUAAUUGACUGGAUUAAUGAUGUGUUGGUAGGAGAGAGGAUUAUUGUGAAAGACUUGGCUGAAGACCUGUAUGAUGGACAAGUUUUGCAGAAAUUAUUUGAGAAGCUUGAAAGUGAGAAGCUGAAUGUUGCAGAAGUUACUCAGUCUGAAAUUGCUCAGAAACAGAAGUUACAGACAGUGCUUGAAAAGAUCAAUGAAACCCUUAAACUCCCCCCAAGAAGCAUUAAAUGGAACGUUGACUCUGUUCAUGCUAAAAGUCUCGUAGCAAUACUUCAUCUUCUGGUUGCAUUAUCUCAGUAUUUUCGAGCGCCAAUCAGACUCCCUGAUCAUGUGUCCAUUCAGGUGGUUGUUGUGCAGAAACGAGAAGGAAUCCUCCAGUCUCGACAAAUCCAAGAGGAAAUAACUGGUAACACUGAGGCUUUAUCAGGAAGGCAUGAAAGAGAUGCAUUCGACACUUUGUUUGACCAUGCUCCAGACAAGCUCAAUGUAGUGAAAAAGACUCUCAUCACCUUUGUGAACAAGCAUCUGAAUAAGUUGAAUUUGGAGGUGACUGAACUGGACACGCAGUUUGCAGAUGGUGUGUACUUAGUCCUCCUAAUGGGUCUCCUAGAAGGCUAUUUUGUUCCCCUGCACAGCUUUUUCUUGACUCCUGAUAGUUUUGAACAAAAGGUAAUCAACGUAUCCUUUGCAUUUGAGCUAAUGCAAGAUGGUGGAUUGGAAAAACCAAAGCCAAGACCAGAAGAUAUUGUAAAUUGUGACUUGAAGUCUACACUGAGAGUACUGUACAAUUUGUUUACCAAAUACAGGAACGUGGAGUGAAGAACUGAUUUGGGUUGUAAAGGAGUGUUAACAAAGAAAGCAUUGUAAUUAGCAUAUCUUUCAUCCAUAUUCCUCUGCAUCUUUAUCCUGAAAGGAACUAAACCAUUUAUCUGAAGAACUUUUAAUUGAUUAUUCUUGCACUACUAUUUUCAUAGUAGAUUUAAAACUAUAUAACUUAAAAAGAAAAAAGGGUUGGAUGAAAAUAUUUGAGUAUAUUCUGCGAGUAUUCAUAUCUCAAUAAUAAUUGUCUUCAUGCUGUUUUUAGUAGGUCAAACAAUGAAACAAAGUGAUUUGGUAACUUUGAUUCAAAUCAGCCUUUGAAGCCAAUCAUAGGAAGAUUCUGUACUGACUACUUUAAUAUCUUUUACAUAUAUCUUUUUUGAAUCUGGGAAGGGGAAGAAUAUUUUCUAUCCAUGAUAAGACAGUUCCAUUCUAAUUGUGAGAAAUUAGAAUGGAAUGGAGGGAAACAGUUAAAUACACUUGUUCACAUGACAGCUAAAAAGAAGAGACUUUACCUGAUUAAUAUAUAUUUCCAGUGGUAUUAUUAGGUUUUAAUUUUAUGGGUACAAACUGAAGUGGGUAGUCAUUCAUUCAGACUUAUUAUAAUGUGAUAUUCUGCUUUAAAUCUGUGUUAUUGAGCAUUCCACAGCAGCACACUUUGCAGCUUGUCACUUGGUUUUGUUCAAGGCAGAGAUCUUUUUUGCAAAGAACACAUUUCAGGAAGACACACCUGUAUAAUACAGUUUUUCUAUAAUAUUUGUAUUAUUACGUAAUAUUAGAAAGUAGAAGAAUGUCUUGGUUUUGUUUUGGUAGUUUAAUCACAGGAUUAUCAGGUUUAGAUUUAUUGCUAAAUAGGAUUUAGAAUUGUCCUUUGGUUGAUUUUAUGAUGAAUGUAUUUUGCUGCAUAAUGUCCAGCACACACACACA